CCCAGGAGCCCGGGCUGUCGCAUCGCGCACGGUGCGGCUGCCGCCUCCGCCUGCACGUCUCCGCCGAGGCCGCCAGCGAAAGCCAGUUCCAGGCGCGGCGGCGGCGCACUCGUCUGCCCUAGACGGAGGUUGGGCGCCGGAGCUGAGGCUGCUGCUAGGCUGGUCUAGCUGGACGCGCUGGGAGGCGGCGAUCACAGCUGGGCCGGGACUUCCUUCCUCUACCGCAGGACAACAAAACAACCGGCAGCAGGCACUGAGCUCUUGGCCGCUGUCUGGGCGGGAAGCGCAGCAAUGGGCUCCGUGCUGAGCAGCGAUAGCGGCAAAUCCGCCCCCGCCUCGGCCGCCCCGCGGGCCCUGGAGCGCAAGGGGGACCCCGAACUGCCCGUCACGUCCUUCGACUGUUCUGUGUGCCUCGAGGUGUUGCACCAGCCGGUCCGGACCCGCUGUGGCCACGUAUUCUGCCGUUCCUGUAUUGCUACCAGUCUAAAGAACAACAAAUGGACCUGUCCUUAUUGCCGGGCCUAUCUUCCUUCAGAAGGAGUUCCAGCAACUGAUGUAGCGAAAAGAAUGAAAUCCGAGUACCAGAAGUGCACUGAGUGUGACACCCCGGUUUGCCUCAGCGAAAUGAGGGCACACAUAAGAUCUUGUGAGAAGUAUAUAGAUAAGUAUGGACCGCUGCAGGAACUUGGGGAGACCACAACCAGGUGUGUGUGUCCAUUUUGUCAGAGGGAGUUGGAAGAAGAGAGCUUGCUGGAUCACUGUAUUACUCAUCACAGAUCAGAAAGGAGGUCUGUGUUCUGUCCACUUUGCCGUUUACUACCUAAUGAGAAUCCAGGCAGCUUUAGUGGCAGUUUAAUAAGACAUUUGCAAGUCAAUCACACUUUGUUUUAUGAUGAUUUCAUAGAUUUUAAUAUAAUUGAAGAAGCUCUUAUCCGAAGGGUCUUAGACCGGUCACUUCUGGAAUAUGUGAAUCACUCAAACACCACAUAAUUUUAUUAAAAGAAAAGAGAAGGAGACCAUACACUUGCACCAUUUGUUAAGAUGCUGCUUGAACAAGUGGAGGGGAAUUCAGUGUUCGGUGGGCAAAAAUGUACAACACAGUUACACGUUUGUCCAUGUUUCUUGUUUUAUUGCGUUUUUAAAACUGCUUUCAUUUUGAUGGCUUAAAUCUGUUUUACGUUCUUGAGUUUUUUAGAAACUUAACAAAAAGUAGUCUCCAUCAGCCAUUAACAUAUGGAAGAGAGCAUAAGGCAGGAUUUGUGGGUGAAGGGUCUUUAUUUGCAAAUUGAAUGAUACUGUGUGUAAUGUUACAUAUUAAUAUCUGCUAUCAUGGUUGAGCAAGAUAACUAAUCUUUGUUCUGUGUAAAAAGAUGGAGAAUAAAACCAAGUGUGGACAUUGAAGGAAAUACAAAAUCUGUUCUAGUGCACAUCUAAUCUCUAAUAGGAUAAUAUGAGUAGCCUUAUAUUAGAGUAGAUAAGGAAAAUUUUGGAAGUCAACAAAGGCCACUUAACCACAUUGUAAAACAUAAUACUGUAACAAAAUAAAUUUUGUGUUAGGAAUGUAUACUUAAUUCUUUGAAUUUUAUAACUAUGCACAAUAAGAAUCUAAUAUUGUAUUUUUCAAAUAUUUGUAGCUUAUUAUUUAGAACUAUUUCUACAAUGUAGGCAGUUUCUUAAGAACCUGAUAUUUAUAGUAGAAGUGUUCACAUCCAUAAUUUUUAGUGGAAAACCCUAAGGGCUUUGAUUUUUUUUUACUUCUUUUCCUUUAGAAAAAAUACAAAAUAUAAAUACUGAAAACCAAACAAAAUGUAGCUUUUUACAUCAUUAUAAGGAAACACUGUUUUAGAACUCUGACAGCCACUCGGUUAUCCUCUGUGUGUCCAGUCACAGUUAAUCAACCAUCUUCCCAAAUUCCACAGAAGUAACCACUACAGUGAUACCCAUUGUAAUCACCUCCUUGCAUUUCUUUAUUAUUACCCAAGUGUGUAUCUCUGCACACUAUAUUUUAAUCUUAUCCAUUUAAAAUUGUUUUAUUGGCUACAUCUCUUACAUCUUUUUAACCUAUAGGUUCUCCCUUCUUUCUUUUCCUUAGAAUUUACUGAAGAAUUUCAUCUCAUGACCUAUAGAGUUUCCCACAAUCUGUAUUUUGCUGUAUUUUGCUGACUAUGUACUCAUGGUACUCAGCAUGUUCCUCUUUCCUCUGGAUGUUGACACAUGGAUCUAGAUGUUUGAAUAGACUCAGGUUCAGUCCUUUUUGGCAAGACUAUAGGUUAUGGUGUGUUCUUUCGCCAGAGGGUACACAGUGUCUGGUUCUCUCUAUUUGUGAUGUCAGCUGAAGUUGAUGCUCAUUGCCUAGAUCCACUCACUGAUUUGUGAGUUGGAGGAUAUUCUAAUUCUAUCAUUGCUCUUUCAUUUAUUAGUUAGAACAGUUUUAUAAAGAGAUGUUUCCCCACAUCCACUAUUUGGUUUACCACUGGUCAAGUUUGUACAAGAAAGGGAAAUUAAAUAUUUGUAUUUUCCUCUCAUUUACUAAUUUUCAAGAUAAUAAACUUGUUUCCAGUUACCUUCCAGAGAUCACUUUUUUUUACUGUUAUGAACUCAUGGGUUCAAACGUAUUUGAUAGGCUUCAACCCAUUUCAAAUAUUACCUUAUUUAAGUUCAAAUUGUCCCCAUCUUUUGGCCAUUGGGAACCUCACCAAGUUGCCUCUGAGUCAUUUUGACACUACACUGUCUUUAUUACCUUCCUUGCUAUCUGGAAGACAAGAUAUUCCAGGCUCAACUUGGUGUGUUUCCUGCCCCAGACAUGGAAUGAGCCAUUUCUCUAAGAAGCCUGGUUACUUUCAGUAAGAAAUGGUAUUUCAAAACCGUAAUCAGGGCUCUGAGAAUGCUCAUUGCUGUUAGAUUGGCCAUUGUUUCUAGGAGAAAGCUAGGAAAUCUCUAUUUUUUCUUUUUUUAGUAUGAUAAAACACGUGAGUUUAUUGUGAAACUUCCAAAUCAAAUUGAAUACUACAGAGUUUUUCUUAAUGCUUUCUAUUACAACUGUAUUUCCAUUUUCUAUACUGAGAAUCCUGGUUUUCAAGGACCUAUAUAGGACAUGCUAGAGUUAGAAUAUCCCACAAUUACUCAUUUCCUUUACUUACCUUACACAUGCAAGUUACAAUUUGAUAACUGAAACAAUUAAAAUUUUUCCAUUUGCCUUUCCCAUUCUCUGUUUUCAGAAGUCAUACUAUGUCAGCGUUUCUAGAACAUACUGGUAUAACAUACUAUACUCUCUCCCUUCUAACCCCCAUUUAGUCUUAGUUCUUCAAAUAACUGUAUAGUCAGUGCUUGCUACUAGUGAUUAUCUGAUGGCUCUAUUUUUCAUGUCUGGCUCCUUAAUGACACAUCCAGGAUGCAGAAUGACGUCUCUGUAGUGUAAGCAAGCGAAGGAAGCUAUGAAGACUAGUGAUAACAACUGAGGAUAAAAUACUUGGCCGUAGUUAGCUUUUUAAUCGUCAUCAUUUAUGAACUUGGUUCCUUACACAUAAAUGUAGUCAUAGUCAUGGUGCCCCCAAUUUUUUAUAAUAAAUUAUCCUUUCCUUCCUUAAAGACUUGAUUACUAUUCUGCCAUCCACUGUGAAGUAUUUAGAAAAAGAUAAACCCAGAUGAAAUCUG